AAGCGAGACUUGCUCUUCACCUCUUCCCUCUUCGGAGGGCUAACCACUAUUCUCAUUUCAUCGAUAAUUGUAUCAAGCUUCCGCAUAAACACGCUUCUAGGUAGUCCUGGACUGCGUGAAUAUAAGACGUUACCCUCCGGACCUCCCAUUUCAUCGGUAAAAUGAGUGGACGUAAACUCAAUGCGCUGGAGCAAAAGCUGCACCAAGGUGCACUUGCUGCUGAGGAUAAGACACUCACGCCAAAGGAACUGGAAUCGAUGUCACCAGAUGCUGCAGCACGAACCGCCGCGCUGAAUUUCCUACUUUCCGCAGGUCUGCUCAAAAUGCUGAAGGACGCAAAGGGGAAGAUACUGUUUCGCGCCGUCGGAAAGAGAGAAGUCGAAGUGAAGAAAGACCUGACGGGUGAAGAGGCUAUUGUUCUGGGUCAUAUUCAAGCGGCUGGCAACGAAGGCAUUUGGACGAAGCAUAUUAAAGUUAAGACGGAGCUGCAUCAAACAGUGUUGGACAGAUGCUUGAAGUCUUUAACACAAAAGCAACUGGUCAAGGCCGUUAAAGGCAGCGUACAGCAUCCAACGCGUAAGAUGUACAUGCUUUUCCACCUGGAGCCCAGUGUCGAAGUGACCGGUGGUCCAUGGUAUACCGAUAAGGAACUCGAUACGGAGUUCAUCAAAAUGCUUCUCAAAGCUUGCUUGAAGUUCAUUCGUGAUCGAAGUCAACCUCGAGCGAAGUCGAGUAGCGAUUCAAGCUCCCAGCGGCAACUGUUUCCUAUAUCCGCCUCCCCUCCGUACCCUUCCCCUGCUCAGAUACAAGCUUUCUUGAACAAGAGCCGGAUCACAGAGACACAGCUCAGCGUUGAACAUGUGGAGAUGUUAUUGGAGGUUCUAGUCUUGGAUGGGGAGAUCGAGAAGGUAUUUUGUCGAUCAUCGCGCGUUCUCUUAUACCUGACUUUGCAUCUGAUUCAGGUUCCAGCAAUGGGUGCAGCACUGUGGGAGUCGAGUGCAGACACCGGCGACCGCAACGCUAGCGAAAGCGAGGAAGAGUAUCGAAAGAACAAGAAACGCAAACGGAGUGAGGAUAGCGAGCGCAGGCGGAAGAGGAAACGACGCAUGGAAUCAGGCUCAGGAUCAGACUCUGAGUCGGAUGUAUCGAGCAAAAGGAAACAGAAGAAGCGCAAAAGCAGAGACGACAGCGACGAGGAGAGCGAUAGUGAGGAAGUGACUAAAAGAAGGAAGAAGAAAGGCAAGAAGAGGAGGGCUGAGAGGAGCGAUGAGGGCGACAGUGACACCGAGAGCGAGAAUGAUCGGAAGAAGAAACGGAGCAAGUCUUCCUCAUCUUCCUCCUCAAAGAGCAAAAGCAAGCGUCGCAAGUACGAAUCGUCUCCGCCCAGCUCUUCUUCGGAAUCAGAAAGCGAUGCCCCAUCCAGGAGGUCCAAAUCCAAGUCCAAACGAUCUUCUUCACCAGCGAUGGCUUUGAUGGACGAGUCUUUCACUGGAGGUGUAUACGUCUACCGAGCGAUUCAAUCCGAGCGGCUGCUGAGUUUCGGAUUCAGUCAAGCACCAUGCGGAAGGUGUCCGCAGUUUGAUUUCUGCAAGGGCGGUGGGCCUGUAAACCCUCAGGAAUGUGUCUAUUUCGAGGAGUGGUUAGGAAAGCAAGAAGUCAAAAUCGAGUGAUUGUAUGUACUACAACCCUGUUCAAUGAAUAUUGAGGCUAGGAAUAGAUAAUAUUUCGGAGGUCUUUUGUACUA